AUGACUACAGUAAACAAGACAGACGACGAAUGGAGAGCAAUCCUCUCCCGAGAACAGUUCCGUGUACUCCGUCAGAAGGGCACUGAACGCCCUGGAACGGGCGAAUAUAACCACCACAACGAGGAAGGAGUCUACGGUUGUGCUGCUUGCGGGACCCCGCUGUACAAGAGCGGAACCAAUGGCUGCGGUUGGCCGGCGUUCUACGACGCCAUCCCAGGUGCCGUGACCCGCCAUGAAGAUAAAUCUUUUGGCAUGACACGUAUCGAGAUAACAUGCACCGCCUGUGGAGGUCACCUUGGGCAUGUAUUCAAAGGAGAAGGAUUCAGUACCCCCACUGACGAACGGCAUUGUGUCAACUCAAUAUCCUUGAAUUUCUCCAAGUAG